AUGGAUCCCCCACCCAGCCAGCCAUACAAUCAUCACCCAUCACCCUAUGCAAGACCACCACCACCAGCGCCAGGCACAGGUGAUGGUGCAACACCGAUGGCAGCGACGCGCCCAGGCGGUGGGUCGCAGCCCAGCGGCAGGAGGAGACCAAACAAGCUCAAGCAGCAAAUGUCCGUCGUCGUCCCGCUGAAUAAUUCAGAGCUCAUGUCUUUAUCCGCCGCGACUCUGUCUUCCUAUCCACUCGGCGUCCCAGACACAGAAACAACAACAACAACAACAACAAACAUCUCCUCAUCACGCUCUGCCGGUUUCGACACAGCCCUCUACGACCCAAGUUCGGACUCUGUUCAUAUACUACCGCAUAGCCGCCGUCGUCCCCAGGUCCCCACCAAAAAUUCCCAGGGGCCACCACCACCUGCACCACCACCAAAAGACCUGGAUGAUUCUGGGAUCAUUGUCGGCAACGCAAGGUCGAACCGGUCUAGGUUUGUGUAUUCGCCGAGCCCGCGGCGCCAGAGCUUUGAUCUGCCUCUCAGAGACCACCAAUUGCCUGGUCAGGAGUCCAACAGCAAACCUUCCAUUGCCCCUUUCAACUUGGGUCAUAUUCGAAACAAAACUGUCGACCUCAUGUCUCCACCGCCAGGCAGGAAGAGAAGCCAAAAGGCCUUGAUAGAGCAUGUAUCCAGCAAAAGCGUCGACGCCAAUCCCAGUGCGGCCUUGACCAAGCAGAUUGCCUCCUCGGUCCUGCACGAGCGGUACGGGAACAGGCGGACAGACGAGACGGCAGCUGAAAGAAUUUCAGAUACUUCUUCUGCUGCUGCUGCUGCUGCUGCUCCUCCACGACGUAUCCAGGACAUGUUGUCGUCGAAUAAUAAUGAUAAUGAUAAUGAUAAUAAUACUAAUAACACAACCAUGGGCGACCAGCAACAGCCACCACCACCACGCUGGGGUCUGCCCAGCAACCCGCGAUCGUGGAUUAAUCACUCGAGGUCAACGUCCAAGGCAACAACGACCUCGUCGUCGUCGUCAUCUUCAAGAGCCUCGUCUAGAAGCUCUGGACCGAGGUUUCGGUCGAUCAUUCCCAGUAUCCCGGAGAGCAGCGGCGGCCCGACGACGAUGGAGGAUGAGGACGACCCUUUCCUGUACGACAGGCAGGAUGAAGUCGAUGAGCGCAGGAGCAGGAGCCGAGGACCAGUCGAGAACCGUUCUGAGAGGAAGACCAAAGUUGGUGGUGGUGGUGGUGGUGGUGGCAAUUUCAACACCGCACAAGGCUACCCAUGUCCAUUCAGGAGGAGGAAUCCUGUUGUCUUUAAUGUUCGUGAUCACGAGAGCUGUGCUCGACGCUCGUUUCCCGAUAUCGCGGAACUCAGGCGCCACCUGAGAACUGAACACCGUAACCAGAGGGCAACAUAUCGGUGUCCACGCUGCCAGCAGGCCUUUCCUAGCCAGAAUGGGCUGAGCGACCACCUCAUGGUGCCUCUCGAGGACAUGUGUGAACCACGGCCGAUGGGACCAGACAACUUCGCCGAGGUUGGGAUCACCGACGAUAUGGACAGGGCUCUUUCGGGCAGCAGAAUUCACACCUGGGUAGAGAUGUGGCGUCUUCUUUUCCCACAGGAUGCUGCUGUUCUUGAUCCAGAAAUCCUACCCGUCGUGGAGAUCUUCGAGGCAGAGGAGGAAUUCGACGACAGUGCAGCUGAGCUCAAAGAUGAUCUGUGCGAGUGCCUGAGGCGAGUCCUCCCCGACCAGGCCGGAGAUUCCCUUGUCUACAGUGUCCUCGCCGGCCAGAUCCAGCUCGUCUUUGAGCAGCACAGGGCCAAGGUCAAUCGGAGAUGCCGCAACAGUGUCGCUGUGGGAGGAGACAGACGACCUCCCCAGGACAGGAGCAAGUUCAGACUGUCUCGCUUCUCGGUCAGCAUAGGAAACCAACCCAACAUGGCCACCAACAACACCACCAGCCAGCGGUCAUCGUACCCCUACCACCCUUCUUCUCACCAAUCCACAACGAGGCCUCGUGGGUCACAGCACCGCCCAACCUUGUCAAGGAGGACCACCAGCAUCAGCCCUACUUCUUCUUCCGUCUACUCCCGCUCCUCCUCCUUCUCUUCCUCGUCCUCCUCGCAGCAGCAGCAGCAGCAGCAGCAGCAGCAGCAGCAGCAGCACAACCAGCACCUCCGCACCCGCUCCGUCACCCGCUCCAGCUCCCUCAGCGUCGAGAGCCCCCGCCUCCCCUUCCGCGACUGGGUCCAGGGCGUCAAGCUCAACCCCAACUCCGUCUCCCCCUGCUCCUCCUCCUCCUCCUCCUCCUCCUCCUCCUCCGCCACGCCAGCAGGCCAGCGCGACUCUGGGCUCGCCCUGCAGUGUGACGACUGCGGCGCUGAGCCCUGCCAGUGCCCGACCUAUGCGGAGAAGCUCUCGGCGUUCCUGACGCCGGUGCCUGGGGCCGUGGCUCCCGUGGCGCUCUCACCGUAUGGGCAUGGGGACAGUGAUGAGGGGGAUAUGGACUGGGCUACGCAGUAUGUGGAUGAGGCGUUGUCUGCUGGGGGCGUGUUGACGGCGCGACGGCCGGUGGACGCGAAGGAGGUGUUGGUGGGUAACCAUCAUUAUGAGUUGGGGCAGAAGAAGGUGGAUGGACAGUCGCCUAUGGUUGCGACAGCACAGCCGGCGUUCUUUUGA